AUGGAGAAUACCAUCGCGGGGCUCACUCGCCGACACGUCGUCUCCUGCUUCAUAUUCAAGGGCCUUGCACCUUCUUCGGCUGAACCACCACGGGUCGCCCUCUUCAGGCGUAGUUCCAAGGUGCGCACCUACCAGCACCGGCUCGCCCCUAUCUCUGGCUCUGUGGAGAAAUCGGAUGCAACGCCGCUUGAUGCUGCCUGGCGGGAGCUGCAAGAGGAGACGACUCUCAAUUCCAGAUCCCUUCAGCUUCGCCGGCAAGGGAAGCAGUAUUCCUUUAUAGACGAAGCCCUCAAGCGGGAAUGGGUAAUCUUUCCCUUUGCCUUUGACCUCGUUCCUCUUGAGAAAGGCGGAAAAGGUGAGGCCGGCAUCAAGAUCGACUGGGAGCAUCAGGAGUGGCAAUGGCACAACCCUCGAGAAGUCACCGACAGCGAUGAGUUUGGCGGUGUCCCCACCUCGCGACCAGUCUCCGCCGUGCCUGGGUGGAGUAUGACCUUGACUAUUGCCACCCUGUCCGUCGAAGUCCAGGACCAGGCGCAAUGGUGGAGGCAGGCCCGCAUGAUCGCAUGGAACAUCUGGAAGAAUGGACGCGAGAGUAUGGGAGCGGCCAUUCUCAAUGUCCUUAUUUCCUCUCUCAAACGCUUGGAGAGCUUGGUUCUUCCGAAAUGGGACGAGAUGCAGAGCGUCGAACGUGGAAAAUUAAUCGAAAAAGUGUUGGCUGACUAUACAGAACAGAGGCAAGGAGUCAAUGGAGACAUCUCGAACGCCUUCAACACCUUGAUCGCGGAAACAGAAACCCGGGUUGCGGACCGCCCAAUUCGCAUCCUAACGCUAUCAGCAAGCUCCAUAAUAGCGAGAUGCCUAGUAGAUGCCAUCGUGUCUACCAAGCACUCCUUUGAUAUUCGCAUCCUCGAAUCACGACCGCUGUUCGAGGGCCUCGCUCGCAGCACAACUCGCCGAUACUCUCCGGAAAGUGCAGACAUAAUCUCCGCCAACGGUGACACAUGCAACAAGAUUGGCUCGCUUCCCGCCGUCCUCUCCACGAAACACGUCUCACCCGGGGCAAAAGUCAUCGUGGUGGCCGACCGGGAAAAGUUGUACCCGUUUGAACCUCCGCCUCGUGAGGAGAACGACCGCGGGGAGGUAACGGAAUCUUGGAAAUAUGCCGAAUCUACAGCGACGGCGGAAGAAGCUAUUGUUUCCAGCGAGUUGGAUGCGCCUUCCAUCGGCAAUGUAAAGAACUUGUAUUUUGAGUGGGUGGAAGCCGGCUUCAUUGACCACUACCUGUUUGAGGAUGGGCUCAAGACGGCGACCGAUGUGCAACGCCUCGCAAGUGUGGUAGAGGGAGAUGCUAGCCGGUACUUUGACGAUCUAUAG